GUAUUUUUAGGUUUGGAGAAUGAUAAGGAUUUUAUUGUUUAGCCAUCUAUUCGUUGUCUGGGCCCAGGAAAAUUCACAUUCAGAAACACCGAGAAAACCUCAAAAUGUAAAGGGCUGGGCAAGCUAUUUUGAAAAUGAGAUUUCAAGUUUUCUUGAUGUUCCACUAGAAUGGGCUCUCAAUACAGAAGUUCCUCAUUGGUUGCUGGGUUCUUAUAUAAAGAAUGGGCCGGGUAAAUCAGUGUUUGAAGAUGGACGAUAUUAUGAGAACUGGCUGGACGGUUCUGGAAAGAUACACAAAUUAACCUUUGCCAAUGGGACAGCAAGGUUCAGUGGUCGAAUGCUGGAAACAGGAAACUACAACAAGAGUGUGGCCAGGAAAGCGAUGGUUCCAUCUGUAACAUUAGAUAGAGUUAGACCAACUGACUGGAGCAUCUAUGAACUGUUUGAGGGUGCACUGAAUGGAUAUGACAAUACAAAUGUUUUAUUAUGGAAGCUAGGGCCCCCUGAAAAAGAGAAGGGAAUGUAUAUUGCAACUACUGAUUACCCCUUGGUUCAUGAAAUAGACCCUAACACACUUCGGGUUAAACAAGCAAUACCCUUUACAGAUAUAGCUUCAAUGGCAAGCUGUUAG